UACUGGCAAGGGAGGUCCCAAAGACAAUGCAGCCGGUAUAUAUUUUAAAUGUGUCAUCGAAAUUACACUUUUCAUCUUCAUGCGCACAUGUCUUGCAGCGGUCAACCAGUGCACAGUACCUGGCCAGAAACUCUGCAGUGAAAACGCUGUGUGCAUCAGCACGCUGGGGACAUCGGCCUACACCUGCCAGUGCAAAGCUGGCUACACAGGAAAUGGCACCGUCUGCACGGACGUGGAUGAGUGCCUGACUCUGAACAAGUGCGGAGCUAACCAGGUGUGCAGCAACAAUGUCGGCUCCUACAGUUGCAUCUGCGUCGCAGGAUUCAACACAGUUGGAGGCACCUGCCAGGACGUGGAUGAAUGCGUAAAGAAGCCUUGCCCAGUGAACACCGUAUGCCUGAACACGUUCGGCAGCUACACCUGCCAGUGUGCCGCAGGCUACAUCUACCUGAACAACACAUGCACCGACCUCAACGAAUGCAGCAGCGUGAACCUCUUCUCUUGCCCACCGAACUCGAAAUGCGUGAAUGCCAUCGGCUCCUACAGCUGCCAGUGCGUGCCUGGCUACCAGGACGUGAAGGGCGCGUGCCAAGAUGUGGACGAGUGCCUUCGCGACAACGGGGGCUGCCAGCAUCUCUGCUUCAACAAUGUGGGCAGCUACCGCUGCGGAUGCCGCCCCGGUUACCUGAGCGCCGGGCUCAACGGCUACAUGUGUAUCGACAUUGACGAGUGCCAGAACCCAACGCUGAACAACUGUAAUCAGAACGCCGUCUGCACCAACACACGUGGGUCCUUCAAGUGUGCCUGCAAACCCUACUUCAAAGGGGAUGGCAUCACUUGCGAUGGCUGCUACUGCCCUUCCCAGGACCUUGCCACAAACAGUCUUGAAGUGCCUGCGAAGCACGCAUGCCCCUGCUUCACGGGCUACAUCACGAGCCCAAACUACCCUGGAAACUACUCCCUCAACACCAACUCAUACUGGUUCUUCGACAGUGCACAGUUCAACAAUGCCUCCGUUAAUUACAAUGGAUUGUACUUCAAAAUUUGGAACAUGUCGUUGGAGAAGACGGACGACUACGUGGACUACGGCUGCGGCAUGGAUCCACCGCAGAUCCGCCAGGGCAGGCUCACGGGGGAGAAGAUUGACCUCAGCUCCUUCGUCUUCUACUCCCUCAACUGCAGCGGCACCAGCACCUGGGUCCAGUUCCACUCAGACGCCAACGAGCCCCGCACCGGCUUCAACAUCGAGUUUGAGUACAUUAUCAACCCCUGCAGAAACAGCUGCGACCCCAACGCCAUCUGCGACAUCAGCAACCCUCAGUCUCCACGUUGUGUCUGCCCCAGCGGAUGGGUGGGCACUGGGAAGAAAUGCUAUGAUGUGAACGAAUGCCUAAACCCUUGCACUUGCCCCGCAUCCACAACGUGCAUGGAUUUGGAUGGUGGAUUCAAAUGCAUCUGCCCUCCCGGUUACAUCUUCUCCAACAACGUGUGUGUGGAGGACACCUGCCCUUUCACGGAGAUCCUGGACGAGAAGAACUACACGGUCACGUUCUGUAACCGAUCGUCGGGCUUCAUGCGGUCCCCGCGAUGGCCCGGUGAAUACCGGCCUGAGGAGAACGUGGCCUGGUUUUUCAACCUCACCAACUACUCGGGCAUCUCCUACAAGUUUGUCAAUUUCAGCACUGAGACUAAAGAAGACUUCUUUGACAUUUUCAAGACGACACAAAUUAACCUCAAUGACCAGGUCCUGCAGAUUUCUGGAAAGACAGGAUCCCUGCAAGAAACGUACAAGCAAACCGUCUCAGACAACAUUCCGGACAACUUCACUCUCACAAAAGCCAACGUCAGCAACUUAAUUUGCAACAGAUUCAUAUCCGACCGUCAGAACAAUGGAUACGUCAAGGUUCAGUUCAUGAAAGUCGGGAACAACUGUGCAAGCAACCCCUGCCAACACAACGGGAAGUGCACAGAGAACGACAAUGGCUUCAGCUGCUCCUGUGUGACUGGCUACACGGGCACCUACUGUGAAGAAGAGGUGACCCAGGUGUUGAGGUUGGAGUGCACCGUCAACUGCCGCUCGGUGACCGUAACGUGGGCCCUCAACUCGCGCGGGGCGCCCGUUCAGGGGCUCCUCUUCCGCCAGGGGCUCACGAGCGGCCAGACCGUGGACACCAGCCACGUGCCCUACCAGCUGACGAGCCGCGUGGUGGACAACCUGGAGCCCUUCAUGGAGUACGUCAUCGACAUUCUGCCCGUGGUCUACACGGGCCAGAGCAAAGGCAGCAGCUGCUUUGUGACCACCCUCUGCUACUCCGACUGCCUCAAGUUUCAGACGGGGCUGCAGGCGGUGGCGCUCACCGCCUCCUCCGCGGAGCUGCAGUGGAGCCCCACUCAGGAGACACCGGCUGAAUUCAAGGCCGUCUACUACCCGGAGCCCUACAACUCGCUCGAAGUGAACAGCGCGCCCGUCCAGCGAACAUCCACCAAGCUCCCGCUCACCAAUUUGAAACCGAGUUCAAAUUACCGCGUCUGCUUCAAGCUGGUGACUUCCGACAAUAGUUGCCCGAUAAACGACGGAAUCUCGUUCAAGACUCGGCCAGACCCGGCAUCUGCCAUCGGCAACUUCUCCGCGGUGAGCAUCACCCCGAAUGGGGGGACCUUCUCUUGGGACUCCAACGCCCCGGCUCCUCUCAAAGUCACCGGAUUCGACCUCGUCGGGAACUGCAGCACGGCCGCUGGCGACCAGGUCAUCCGCACGGUGCAUCUGUCGGCCAGCGAUCGCAACGGCACGCUUGCGAACUUCCCUUCAUUGUCCAACUGCAAGGCUGUGCUCAUCGUGAACACAAGUACAGAUGGGUGGGCCUCAAGCCCAGCCAUUGAUUUCACCACCAGCAUCGGGGCGGCGAACGUGCGCGCAGUGUCCGUGAACAACAUCACCGAGACCUCGGCCAUCGUGUCCUGGCAGUCAUUGACUCCCGACGUUCCGGGAAAGUUCUCCACGGUGUACUACAUGCAGAUCGCCGGCAACACGUCGGUCGGCAUGCUGAUGAGCGCGCACACCAACGGGACGACCGUCGACCUCCUGGGCCUGAACCCCGGGGUGGUGUACAACGUCAGCAUCGUCGAGUCCAUCUAUGAGACGCGCAGCAGCAACUCCACCCCCUACUCCUUCCGUACCGUGCCCGAGCCCGUGCUCCCGCUGCCCAGCGGGGUCGCCAUGAGCCGUACGAGCCCCACGACGGCGCUCAUCGCUUGGUCUCCGCCCAUCGUGACGGAUGGCGUCGACCCCAUCUACUCGCUGCACUACACCAACCUCAACUCGAGCGACCUGCCCGAGACGGUGGUGCCCCUCAACGGGACGGUCGGCGAGGUCCUGCUCAGUGGUCUCACGCCCGGCAGCACCUACUCGGCUUAUCUGCAGUGCCAGAAGGCACUGGGCCCACAGAAGAACACCGGCCCCAUGUACUUUACCACUCAACCCGCACAGAAGGUGUCCGACGUGCGGGUGUCGAACGUGACGAUGUACGCGGCGAACCUGCUGUGGGCGCCACCGGCGAACAGCAGCUUGGACCCCGUGGUGUUCUACAACGUGAGCGUGUUUCCCGAGGGUUCCAGCGCCCCCAUCGCGGCCGUCAUCCUCCCCGACAACGGCACCUCCCUGCCUCUCGUCGGUCUCGUGCCAUCCACCAAUUACAUUGCGUACGUCACAGCAGUGACAAAAUCCGGCUACGUGUAUUCAAGCGACCCACUGCCUUUCACAACGGACAGCGAAAUUCAACUGGUGCAAGAGACAAGCUCACCGACGAAUGCGUUCAUCGACUGGGACUACAAGAACCAGGCCGAUAACAUCACGUCUUGGCAGUUGCAGGUUAUCGAUGACCUCACCAAGGAGACGACUAAUUUCACACGGUCAUCCUCCGAUCUCAGCCUUCAGGACCUGCUGCCCGGCACCAACUACACAAUUAUCAUCACCCCCAUCACCGUCGCGGGCCCGAAACCCUCGCGCACGCUGCAUUUGACGACCCAGCCCGAUCCUCUGAAUCUGCCAUCCAGAAUAAGGAACUUGAAUAAAAUUGAGAGCGAAAUUGAUGCAAUCUUCCUGGCUUGGGACAAGCCUGAAAAGAGUGGAAAUAACUUGACUUACAAGGUCCGAGUGGAAUCGUUCAGUGACGUUCGGGAGAGCGUUACCGCGAGCAACUUCAUCACGCUGUCGGGCUUGCUCGACGGCGUGGCUUACAACAUCAGCGUAGUUCCGGUGGACGACAAUGGGACAGGGUUCCCAAAUACAUUCUCCUACAGCAAACCCGCGAAGAACAAGAGUGACGUUUUGGACGCUUCCGGGUCAGAGCUGCGACUGGAGCCCGUUAUCCUCAGCAACGUGGUGGCGGCCGUGCGUCAGCAUUCCAUCAUCAUGCAGCUGCCACGCUGUGAUUACUUCAAGAACAUGACGCUCAUGGCCCAAAAGAAGCUUGAGAAUGCCUUCGUCGUCGUGAUAAUCGCCGAGAGCGCAAAGGCUAGCGAGAGUUACAAGCCUCCUGCGUUCUGGAUCAACGAGACGUACCUCGGAACGGACAAGGGCAGCUUGCGUCCGUACGUGGCCGCCAAUCUGACCCUGCAAGAUUGCCGUGGCACCAACCCCCGGAGAAAGCGGGAAGCCAUCGUGGACAUGGCCGGCAUCGACGCCUUCCGCAUCGGAACGGAAGAGGUGUGUCCAACCAACACCUUCUGCAAUGGGCAACUGCGCGACAACACCAACUACAGCACCCAAUAUGUCCUCAUGAAUCUAAAUGAGACGAUAUCCCAGAGCAACUGGUCUGCACCCAUAAACACCCGAGCAGCGUCCCCGUACGAUGCCAUCGACACGAACUUCAUGCCGCACUCGGGCGGCAUGAUCGCCAUCACCACGAUCCUCUCGAUCCUCCUCGCCUUGCUGCUGCUCGCCUUGCUGUUGGUCUGCUGCUUCUGCAAUCGGCGCCGGGAGAAGACCCUGCCCUCUCUGAAGACCUACAACCCGCACUUCGGCAGCAAAGUGAGCCACGGGAGCACCCUGUACCACGAGGGGCCCGUCCCAGCGCAAGUCAACGAGCUGCACCCCCAGGACCUGAGAAAACCAGUCGCCGGUGAUCCCAACAAGGCGUUCAUGUUUAACCGUAUCAUCAGUGAUGGCACCAACCGUCUGGAGGGGGCGUACGGAGGAGACAAGUCGACUCUAAUGGGGGGAGAGUUCUUGCCGGGCGCACAGACGCCGCCCAACACCAUGAGGCCCCAAACCUACGUGGUCCAGCAGCCCCACGAAGUGCUUCCGUCAGCCCCCAACGUCACUACCAUGAAAUCGAUCGUGGUGAACCAGCCGCCCCCAGACGUCCAGCAAGGACCUGUUGGCGUCACCUACGUGCUCGGCCAGCCUCAAGAGGAAUCCCUCUACUCCAUCGUGCAGCAGCGCCCCGCCAGGACCGCUGAGCCGGCUCUGCAAAAUCAGCAGUCUUCUGAUGGCGAUCUCCCUCCAUACAUCUUACCAGACUACCCAACCAAAUAAGCCCUGGACCUGCUACAGCAACAGAAAAACCUGAACAUUGUGGCGCUGGAGGAAAUCAGCCACCUUCACAACACAGAUCAUUCUAUAGCCUUCAGCAAGUGGUUCACAGCAUACACUUAUCUUCAUAAUAAAUAAUAUUAAUAGUAGGUUGCAUGCCUUUGUCAAUCCACUCCUGGAUGAAGACCUCAACAUGUUGUGCUGAUCAUGGCGGUGUUUCACAUGCCUCACCACGCUGGCUGGUUGAAUACGUUUUACACAAACGAUAGUUAUCAAAAUGCACUGCUUAUUUGGGUGUGCACUAAAUCAACUUUUGAUGGAAACUAACAAUAUCAAGUGCAGUUAUGUUUUAUUAAUGUUAACAUUGGUAUUAGUCCUGGCACUGCAUAUGUAGUGAUGCUUUUUAUAUGAUGUUAUACAAAAAAUGAAAGAUAAUGGUAUUGUCAGGAUCUCAAUUAUUAUAUUCCACCAAGAUGCAAAAUAGAAUAGUCAAAUAUAUAUAGUUUUAUUAUAAAAUGUCAAAUCUUCAUUGAAUAAACUCCCAUACAGAUUCCUGGAAUCAAUUAAUUAGAAUUUAUAUAGAGUAAAUUAUUGGUUUAAUCAACCAACUUUCAAGGACAAGCAGCAUGUAAUUGCCACCAUUUUUCAUGGGUAACACAAUAUUAUAAAUGCAACCAAUAUUCACUUUGUGGUCGGAAUUAGUCUUUUUCAUAAACCCCAUCUAUCGCUCUUCCUACAUGGGUUCCCAUGCACAUUUGUCGUUGAAAAAUAACUGGCGUCAUUACGGAUGGAAAGUAACUUUUGAGUACCAUUUGAACGUGCAGUGCUACCUGGUGGCUGCUUCUGGAAACUCCGAAUUACUCAAAUGUGGGAUGGCGUGUCUCUAACGUGGCUCCUUAACUUCACAGUUAUUCCGAGUGCCAUUGUCCAAAUAUUUUACACCUACACAAACACGUAACAGCAUUAUGUAAGCAUUUUACCAGAAGCCGUGUUUACCUAAUCCAUUUACGUUAUUGUCGCAUGUUGCACAAAAUCACAUGCUGCAAAUGAAACACAUCCAACAUUUGAAAUUGGCGUUCACGUCUCAUAUCACUAAGCUGUUUUUUUUUUACAAUUACGAAACAAGACUUCGUCUAUUAAUUAUGCCUCUUGGACAACCUCUGGAAAUAUGUAAAUAUGGUUUAAAACAAAUAUUCGUGAACAAAAGGAACUUUUCCAGUCAAAACAUAAUUUGCAGCGAUUUCCUAAUCCACUACUGGAUAAACAAGGCUUUCCCAUGCUUUGUCAGUCAUGGGGGUUGUUUGACCAUACUUCACCACACUGGUCAGUACUGAUGUUAGUCGCAGUUGGGAUUCAUACUCAAGUCACCAGGUCUCCCCCUGUGCCACUGCUCCCCCCAACUUUUCCAGCUAAUGUAUAUACUCAAUUAGACUCUAAGUUGUUUCUGAAAUGUAAUUCUAAACCUUUUGUUGGACCUUGGGAUCUGGGAUGUUAUUUGGAAGCACUUAAAAUAAAUGGACAAAAUGAUGUAAUUAUCGCAAAUUCUCACGUGUGUCUGUACAAAACUCGGGAAGGUAGUGUGUAAUGUGUGAACAUGAUUCACCAAUAAUAUGAAGUAUGUGCGGUAGUUACGAUUACUCUGUAAUCGAGGGUACUUACACUAUCAAACUGUCCAUGGAAUUUAAGUGUUGUCCAUUCUUUGUUGUUUAACGGAUACAUGUAUGUUUUCUAUGGGUUAUGUGUCUUUCGUUUAUUGAAUUCCUAUAAUGCAGCACUCAAUGGAUUAAACAUCAAUGUUUACAUCUUGUCUAAAGCCUUUCUCCUAUGGAUGCACCAUGUCUGUAAUGUUCUUUAAAAUGUAUUUAAAAUAAAUAUAUGAAUAUGUACCUACUUGUAACCUUGUGAUGGGUGUCAAUAAUGAUCGUCACACAUUUCUGCAUUGUGCCUAUUUUGCUUCAAAUAACCCUAAAAUGCACCUGAUCAUGUCAAAUCUUGAAAGUUAUGCAAUGUUUAGCCUGGUAACUACUUGAACAAGGGACCUCCAGAACUUUCCAGGGACUCUGUUUUUUCCCCACAUUAAAGGCACACUCAUGAAUGGUAUUUGCCAACCAUCCCAUUGCAGGACUCUCCUGAAAAAGUGUAUUGAGACUUAAUGAAGGCUUUCCUGAGUAAAUAAUUGCCAUUUUAUUUCAUUGAAUAUUUUUGUAAUGACUCAUUGUAUUCAUGAUUUAUCAUUGCCUUCCUUAGUAUUUGUUAAUGGCAACAUGAUUUAAAAUUUGCAGCAGACUCGAAAGCUCGCGCUAAGACCAGGAAGAAGAAUACACACGUACAUGGGGUCUAUUCCUGAACCUUAGAACAGUUUUAAAUAUCUAAGCCCAGAACGGCAAUGACCUGGCCAACCCCCUCCCCCGCCUGCUCUGACAAGUCCGAUGUGCCUGAUACCAUCAAUGCAACUGGUAAUGCCGUCCAGAAUUUCAGGAUGUUGCAAUGUAUGAUGUGAGGAUGUGGAAUAAAACAUUUUAUGUAUAUAUAAAACAAGAAAGCUCGUGCUAUA